AUGGAAUUCGGUGAAGAUGGAGUGCUGCGGUUUUUCUUCAAGAAUGAGGUUGACAGAGGAGAAUUUCGUAUUUCUCAUUGCUUCUGUCGAUUUUCAUCUUCGUUUUCAGCAUUAAGCCCAAGGAAUCGAUCUAAUGUGCGGCAGAGCUCCUGCAUGAGAGCACUAGUUCCUGCUCAACUAUGUGAUUAUGAGACCCGAAUAUAUGAAUAUUUUGAGAGAAGCGUCAAGCUCAAGAUUGCCAUUGUUGAGUUUGGGGAUUUCGGUCAGUUCUUGGCUAAAACUCUAAUUCGCCAAGGCCACACUGUCUUGGCCUACUCCCAAUCCAACAACUACUCUGUUAUUGCCUGCAAUUUAGGGGUUUCCUUCUACUCAGACCCUCAUGACCUCUGUGAAGAGCACCCUGAAAUCGUUCUACUCUGCACUUCCAUAAUCACUAUGGAAUCCGUUCUCAAGUCAUUGCCCCUGGAUCGGUUGAAGCGAAGUACCCUCUUUGUUGAUAUGCUUUCUGUGAAAGAAAUGCCCAAGAAUUUGUUCUUGCAGAUCUUACCACCUGAAUUUGAUAUACUCUGUACUCAUCCAAUGUUUGGAUCCGAAAGUGAUGAAUGUGACUGGUUAGAUCUACCUUUUUCUUUUGACAAAGUGCGGAUUGGGAGUGAGGAUUCAAGGAUCAAUAGAUGCAACCUCUUCCUCAACAUUUUUUCCCAAGAGGGCUGUAGAUUGGUGGAGAUGUCUUGUGCAAAGCAUGAUCAGUAUGCUGCAGGUACCCAGUUCAUCACCCACAUUAUAGGAAGGACAUUGGAGAAGAUUGACUUGGAUUGGACACCAAUCAACACUAAAGGUUAUGAGAGCCUCUUGAAUUUAAGGAAUAUUACUUGUGGAGAUAGCUUUGAGCUUUUGUAUGGCUUGUUCAUAUACAACAAGAAUGCCCUAGAACAGUUGGAGAGGCUGGACAUGGCUUUUGAAUCAGUAAAGAAGCAGCUUUUUGGCCAUUUUCAUGAUAAACUAAGGGAGCAACUGUUUGAGAAGGCUGAAGAUUUGGAACAUGUGGAGGAAUCACUAGAGAAAAUGAGGUGA